GUCUCUCUCUCUCUCUCUCUCUCUCUCUCUCUCUCUCUCUCUCCCCCUCUCUCAGUGUAAUUAUAAUGGAGGGUCUUAAGCUUUCUCUAGCAUGGAUUCUUCUUCUUCUCGCUGCUUCUUCAAUGGCUUCCGCAGCUAUUGUCGAACACACCUUCCAUGUGAAAAAUUUAACGGUAAGCCGGCUGUGCAAGAGGCAGGUGAUAACGGCCGUUAACGGAAGCCUUCCGGGGCCGACGCUUCUCGUCCGGGAAGGUGACACGCUCGUUGUCCACGUUGUCAACCAAUCCCCUCACAACAUCACCAUUCACUGGCACGGGAUAUUUCAGCGAAUGAGCCAGUGGUCAGAUGGGCCGAGCAUGAUAACGCAGUGUCCGAUACAGCCUGGUCAAAAGUAUACGUACAGGUUCACCGUCACGGGCCAGGAAGGUACGCUCUGGUGGCACGCUCAUGCGUCUUUCCUACGAGCCACCGUCUACGGAGCCCUCGUCAUCCGUCCUAGGGAUGGCCACUCUUACCCUUUCCCCAAACCCGACAAGGAAAUUCCCAUCUUACUCGGGGAAUGGUGGAAUGCGGAUGUGGUCGAGCUCGAGAAUAUAGCGGUGGCUACAGGUGUUCCUCCGAACAAUUCCGACGCUUACACGAUCAAUGGCUUGCCCGGAGACCUAUACCCUUGCUCCAAAGACAGAAUGUUUAGCCUAAGAGUGGUGAAAGGGAAGAGAUACUUGCUACGCAUCAUAAACGCAGCGAUGAAUAUCCAGAUGUUCUUCAAGAUAGCCAAUCACAAGCUGACAGUUGUCACGGUGGAUGCCGUCUACACAAACCCUUACGUCACCGACGUCAUCGUGAUCGCGCCUGGUCAGACCGUUGACGCCAUCCUCCUGGCCGACCAAUCCGUCGGGUCUUACUACAUGGCGGCUCGAGCCUACAACAGCGCUCCCGCCGUCCCUUUCCCCAACACCACCACACGUGCCGUCCUCCACUACUCCGGCGGCGCGUCUACUUCCACGCGCAGCCGCGGCCGCGGCCGCGUCCUCAUGCCUAGGCUUCCCUCCUUCUUUGACACCCCCACGGCUCACAGAUUCUACUCGAACCUCACGAGCCACGUGGGCGCUCGUCACUGGGUCCCAGUGCCACGCCACGUGGACGAGGAGAUGCUCGUGACGGUUGGGCUCGGGCUCGAGGCAUGCACGGACAACGCCACGUGUCCAAACGGUCCGAAAUUCUCGGCGUCGAUGAACAACCACUCGUUCGUAUUGCCGACGACUUUAUCGGUGAUGCAGGCGGCGUUCUACCGCGUCGGCCGCGUUUUCACGGCGGAUUUUCCGGAUCAACCUCCGGUGAAGUUCGAUUACACGAAUCCGAACAUAACACAACUGAAUCCGCCAUUGUUGUUCGCUCCGAAGAAGACAAGCGUGAAGGUACUGAGAUUCAACGCGACGGUGGAGAUGGUUCUUCAGAACACGGCGCUUGUUGCGGCGGAGUCUCAUCCGAUGCACCUUCACGGCUUCAAUUUCCACGUCCUGGGUCAAGGGUUCGGGAACUACGACCCGAACCGGGACCGGAAAAACCUAAAUUUCUUCGACCCACAAUUCCGCAAUACCCUCGCUGUACCGGUUGGAGGAUGGGCCGUGAUCCGGUUUACAGCUGACAACCCCGGAGCAUGGGUGAUGCACUGCCACAUCGACGUCCACUUGCCAUUCGGGUUAGGGAUGGUUUUCUUGGUCGAGAACGGUCCGACGCCAUCGACCAUGCUUCCGCCCCCGCCUCCGGAUCUACCCCAAUGCUAAACCGGAGUGGCAUUUUCGUAAAACCAACAAAAGAAAAAUUGACAUCAUAGUAUUAUUAUUUUUUUGUCAAGUCAUUCGUUUUAUUUUUGGUUUGUCCCAAUAAUUGUCCACUGGAAUUGGAUAGAAUCAUAGAAGCAAGGUUUGUUCA